CAGAGACCGAAGAACGAUUGCCCGAAGCUAAUAUAAUGAUUCUGAAAUAGCCUACACUGUCGCAUGCGAUGGAGCACACAUUCUUUUGCUGGGAUGGUCAUAGCGUGACUUUUCUUAGGCGUGAGAGCAUGUAUGUUUUCUCUUCUGUUGGGCUUUCAUGCCAUUGACUGACAGGACAACCCAAAAAACCUUCUACAAUGGUCGGCACGUUAUCAACGACUUUUACCACGCUGAAGACCGAAGCACUCCCAUGAUAUUGUCCUUUGUGGCUGCUCUCUUUGGAAUAGCACUAGCUCUGUUGUUGUCAAGCAUUAUUGUGUACCACACUACAUGGCGCUGGAUUUAUUACUCACAUGCUAUUGUGCCGGGGGUGUUUGUCAUUUUAGCACUUUUCUUUUCACAAACCUAUGAGUGUAGUCUUUUAAGCUAGAGAGCCAAAGUGUUAAAUGCAUACUAUGAAAAGCUUGAGGCUGGUGGUCAUCAUAGAGUCAU